AUGAACGGGAAGGCUAACAUGCUUCCUCAGGCCGACCCAUCACAUAUCACCUACACGGAGAACUUGCAAAAGUUCCUCCGUCUGCCUCAGGGCGGCAAGAUCAUUGCCGAGUACAUCUGGGUCGACAGUGAGGGCGGUGUCCGCUCAAAAUCAAGGACCCUUGAUGCCAAGGACACCGAUUAUACUCCCGCUGAGCUUCCCAUGUGGAACUUUGACGGUUCCUCCACUGGCCAGGCUCCCGGCGAGAACUCAGAUAUCUAUCUCCAGCCCGUUGCUGUCUUCCCCGACCCGUUCAGGGGUACCCCCAACAUUCUUGUUCUUGCCGAGUGCUUGAACAACGAUGGCACCCCCAACAAGUACAACCACCGCCACGAGUGCGCCAAGUUGAUGGAGGCUCACGCUGAGCACAAGCCGUGGUUCGGUCUUGAGCAGGAGUACACUCUGCUCGACCUCAACGAUCGUCCCUAUGGCUGGCCCAAGAACGGUUACCCUGCUCCUCAGGGCCCCUACUACUGCGGUGUCGGUGCUGGCAAGGUUGUCAUGCGUGACAUCGUCGAGGCUCACUACAAGUGCUGCUUGUAUGCCGGCGUCAAGAUCUCUGGCACCAACGCCGAGGUGAUGCCCGCUCAGUGGGAGUACCAGGUCGGCCCUUGCGAGGGUAUCGAGAUGGGUGACCACCUCUGGCUCUCUCGCUUCCUCCUCCACCGUGUGGCCGAGGAGUUCGGUGCCAAGGUCUCUUUCGACCCCAAGCCCAUUCCCGGCGACUGGAACGGUGCCGGUCUUCACAGCAACUUCUCCACCAAGGAGAUGCGUGAGGAGGGCGGCAUGAAGCACAUCGAGGCCGCCAUCAAGAAGCUCGAGAGCCGCCACGCCGAGCAUAUUGCCGUGUACGGCGAGGGUAACGAGAAGCGCCUUACCGGCCGUCACGAGACUGGCUCUAUCGACACCUUCUCCUACGGCGUCGCUAACCGCGGCGCCUCUAUCCGUAUCCCAAGGGAAUGCGCGGCCAAGGGUUAUGGCUACUUUGAGGAUCGCCGUCCCGCUUCCAACGCCGACCCAUAUCAAAUCACCGGUAUUAUCAUGGAGACCUGCUUCGGUGCUGUCUCUGAGUAG